AUGUCCGAUGCAUACCCAGAAUACGUUGAAGAAUUUAGUAUUGAAAUUUCAGAUUUUGAUCCUAUUAGCCCUACAUGCCAUAUACCUCUACCUGAUACCAUGCCAAAAUGUAAUAAUGGAGUUAUUAAUAUCAAAACAAUGAUGAAUGGUGCUUUGGAUGAAAGAAAUCCAAACAUGGAGGGCAUUCCAAUUCCGGUGCCAGUAUCUACUCCUGUAUACCAAAAAUUUGAAGAAAAUAAUCCAAAAAUUAGUCUUUGUGUGUAUAAAUGGUCUAAUGAAAAUAAAUGCCUUGAAUUCAAUUAUAUAUCUGAAAGAAGAAGCUCGGAAUUUAAGGAGGUAAAUCUUCUGGUUAUCUCAGAAUCAGAUGAAAUAGAAAAUCCACGCUCACAUUAUUGUAUUAUUAAAGAUCUCCAUAGACUAGUUUAUAAUCAUAGACCUGAUGCAUUAGAAAAAUUUGUAGAUAAAUUGGAAAUAGAGCUAGCAGAAAUUCAGACAGAUUUAUCCACACCUGCAGAAAUGGCAACGGAAUGCUGGAUAUGCAAGAAAGAUUUCCCAAACCAGAAAAAGGUUAAGAUAAUGGUAUGUUGCCCUAAUACUAGAAAUUAUGUAGGGGCAUCUCAUAGAGAGUGUAAAAAUAAAAACGAAAUAAUUGGACCAAAAUGGUAUCAGCAACCAAGCAUAGGAGAUAAUGUAGCAUUCAAAGAGGCUAAAGAAUGCAUGUAUUGUAAAGAAAAGGAUAUGCUAGAUAUAGGGCUAACAAAAGUUGUUGGCAGAUUUACUUCUAAUAAGCUUAAAUGUAUUCCAGAAAAUAUAGGCAAAUAUAAAGCUAUGGAUGUAGGUCAAUUGCGAUUUUUAGAUAGCAUUCAGAAUAUGAAUAUGGGCCUUGAUAAGCUUGUUGCGUCUAUGAGUAGCAAUCUAGAAAAAUUCCCCCUAACUAUAAAGCAUUUUACUGAUAAAGGCUGUUCAUUAGACCAAAUCAAGUUUUUAUUUCGAAAAGGAGUUUUUCCAUAUGACUGGACCAAAUCUUGGGAUAAAUUCAAAAAAACAGCUCUACCGCGCAGAAAGGAUUUCUAUUCUCUACUUAGCCAGCAAAACAUUAAUGAUGGCUUAGACCCAUCCCAUUAUGUUUCAGCCCCCAGUAUGUUUAAUGAUUCCUUAUACAAAAGUAGCAGGGCAGAAAUAAAACUUCUGACAGACCUAGAUCAAUAUAUGUUAGUAGAGAGAGGCAUUCGUGGGGGCAUGUCUAUGGUUAGUCAACGUUAUGCCAAAGCUAAUAACCCGCAAUGUCCUGAUUAUGAUGAAAGCAAGCCGAAUUCAUGGCCCCCUGAGGAAAUUCCUAAUAUUUUAGAAAUUCCAAAUGAUGCUGAAGAGGGCUAUUUACUUGAAGUUGAUAUGGAAGUUCUGUUAAACUUGCACGAUUUAUUCAAUGAUAACCCAUUAGCACCUGAAAAAGGUGUUGUACCUAAAAACUGGCUUAGUCCAUAUAAUGAAGACUUGGUAAAUGAUUAG